CACAAUGUCACCUAUUUCAGCAUCAAAAUCUAGAGGUUCCAUGAUUCAAUAUCUCACGGAUUCUUACUCUUAUUUAGCUGAAUCUCUAUAAUCAUCAUCAUCAUCAUAUCUGCUGAUUUCAGAAAAGAUAAUGCAGGGCCCGGGUGCUUCCUUCGGGGAGCCUGAGAGACGACGUCGCAUUGCCCAGAUAUCUGACAAGAUGAAAUUUUCUCUAGCAGCGCCUACCGCAAGGGCAUGCUUGUGGCUUGCAGACCUCGAGAAUCUCAGAGAAAUCGCAGGAAAAUCAGCGGAGGAGUUACUACACUUCCUCAUUGCUGUUGAACACUUCAAUCUUGUCAAAAAAUGGACCCAGCGCGAUGCCGACUCGCAGUCUAUAAUUACAUCUACGAUCCCCUCCCCAUCUUGCAAACGUAUGGAGGAUAAACAUCAGCCCAUACCAGGUGUGCCUGACCCAGCCACGGCGAUGCAAUCAACUACAAUGCACUCUCCAGAAACACUCAGGGUUCGAACAGAGCAAUUAGACUCUGGUAAUCAGAGAGAAUCCAAAACAUCACCCGCAGACACACCAUGCUCAACACCUGUCCAUACCCCUCGGAAGCAUCCAGCAGAGCCACUGGAAUCACCAGGGCUAUAUAAGAGAAUCAGGAGGGAUGAGUCAGUCAAAAAAGCUUGCAGGGAACGCAAUUCAUCUUACAUUAUAACGAAGAUACCAGUGGAAUUUUGCGACAUCACGCAUCUUUAUCCGUUUUCUUUGAAAGACAAAGACCGCUAGUCAACGGGAAUAUUCUUGACCGCCCUGAAUGACUUUUGGACAAAGGAAAAAGUGAGCAGAUGGUAUAAUGCUAUCUUCUCUGAGAAACUGGCUACGGAAAGACCAGAGAAUAUGGUUCUG